CACGGAGCUUCACUAAGUGAACACCCAUCGGUGUGCUUCGCCAGCGCAAGAUGGGUCGUCGUCCCGCAAGAUGUUAUCGCUAUUGCAAGAACAAGCCCUAUCCGAAAUCGCGCUUCUGUCGAGGUGUGCCGGAUGCUAAGAUCCGUAUCUUCGAUCUGGGCCGCAAGAAGGCAUUGGUGGAGGAUUUCCCGCUGUGUGUCCAUCUUGUCUCAGAUGAGUACGAGCAGCUGAGUUCAGAGGCGCUGGAAGCCGGUCGAAUCUGCUGUAACAAAUACCUGGUCAAGUUCUGUGGUAAGGAUCAGUUCCAUAUCCGCAUGCGUCUGCAUCCGUUCCACGUGAUCCGCAUCAAUAAGAUGUUGUCCUGUGCCGGAGCUGAUAGGCUCCAAACUGGAAUGCGAGGUGCGUUCGGCAAACCGCAGGGUACAGUGGCACGCGUCCACAUCGGCCAGCCAAUCAUGUCGGUGCGCUCGAGCGAUCGCUUCAAGGCCCAGGUGAUCGAAGCACUGCGUCGUGCCAAGUUCAAGUUCCCGGGUCGUCAGAAGAUCUUCGUCUCCAAAAAAUGGGGCUUUACCAAGUACGACCGCGAUGUGUAUCAGAAGCAUGCGGAUGAGGGCCGUCUUGUGCCGGACGGUUGCGGUGUCCAGUUCCGCAAUGACCAUGGACCAUUGGUUAAAUGGGAACAGCACCAGCUGAAUCGGCUUUCGGCCUAAGGAUUGACGCAGGAUAGCGUUGAAAAAAAUACAAUUGCACAUAAACUCAAUUCUUAAGCUUAAUUUUAUUUUUGUUGUCAAGACGGUACAGCAUGUCGGUUUAGUGGUUGAAAAUGAGAAACAAGCGAUA